AUGGAUGCGAACUCUGAGGAGUAUGCGACGAAGGUUUGGUGCUCCAACAACCGUGCUCCUUGGUUUCUCAUUUGGCUUGGAUUGCUUUGCCUUCCAAGGCAAUGUUCCCGAGGUCAUAACUGGAAGUUCAGCAACAACAAAGACGGUGCAUAUUGCCAUUUGCACUGCACAGCAAAGCUGGACGAGGUGUAUCCGGUUUCGGACGAGGAGGAUGAGGAAGAGAAAGCACCGGUUCACAAACGGUGUAACUAUAGGAAGUCCUGGCGCGAUCAUGGGUUCUUCCAUUACUACUUGCCAUGUUCGCUUACACCGGCCAAAUACUUGCGAGCCUUGUAUUGGUUUUCAGAUGCGCCUCAAAAGCAGAUCCUGAAAGAAACAGGCUUGAAAAUCAAAGUAUGGGCGCAGAUUCGGAAUCGCCUUCGCGCUCUUUUGUGGCUUGUCAUGCAAACACAUGCUGGACGAGUGCAGCUAGGUGGGCAGGCAGAUCGUGUUGUGGUUGUUGAUGAAACUUUUUUCACAAAGAAGAAGGUCAAUGCUGGCGGGUUUGUUGGUCGUACCACGCUUGGUCACAAAACCAUCGUCAUGGGUUUUCUGGAGCUGCAGCUGUCUACUCGCAAAGCCACUGGUGCCUGCGUGCUGAUUGAAAUCCCAAAUCGCAAGCAAGCAACCUUGAAGCGAGAGAUUCAAAGGCAUGUGGCUCCUGGAUCGCUCAUUUUCACAGACCGUCACAAGUCGUACCACUUUCUGUCUCGUCCGAACAAAGACGUCGUGGUGACCACCAACUCCGUGGAAGGCUUGUUUGGUCGGCUCAAGCAAUAUCUGCGACAACGCAAAUAUGGCAAGGUUCAGAACCCUUUCUCAGUCGACGACAUUCCUGUGGACAUCCUGAAUGACUUUCAAAGCCUUCUGGACGACCCAGAAGAUGUUCCCGCUGAUCGCGGUGAUGGUGUAAGCCCUUCAGAAAAUGUUCCUGCUCAUGAUGGUCGAGAUGCAAGCCCGCAGAGACCGGCGCCGCCUUUGAUGCAAGCUGCAGCCGAGCCUUCUCAACCUCCUGCCUUCAAGCCACCCUCGCCUUCCAUCCCCUGUAACGUGAAAGCAGAGGCAAGUAGCGACUCCGACUUGGAAGUUCUCUACAUUAAACCUGCGCCCAAACGACCAAGACGUUCUUCUGACCCCGUGGUGCCGGUGAAGUUAGAGGAGGAUGCCAGUCGAUGUGCGCAGCUGCCGCUGGCUACUUCGAGUACGGGGGCCGGGAGUAAAGUGAGUAAAGAUGUCAAGGUCUUCUGUCAGCAAGGUCAUGAUCUGAAGUUGGUUCCGCCGCCUGCAAAUGUUAUCCUGAACCAAAGCGAGUAUGCAUACUUUAACGUCAGCUGUGAUGUGUGUGGCACUCAAAUCGUGGGUGAUUUCCACAGGUGUGAUGUUUGUAAACUGGACUACUGCUUUGCUUGUGCACAGACUAAGCCAGCUGGAAAGCGCAGGGCGCGCAGCUGA